UCUGGGAGCCCGGGUGGCUGUUGGCGCCAAGUGCCUCAGAGAGCCACACGCUUCCACGCUGCGGAGCUGAGGUGAUCUCUUCAGACCCUUCGGAGAGAUCCAGAUAUCUGACUUCCCACUGAGAGACCCGGAAUUGCCCAGAGUUUGAGAAAGCUGCGUCAGAGACUGCAACAGUCAGCACACCUUCCUGUCUGAUCAGGCUCCCUCCCUCAAGUCCUCUGCGAUGGCUCUGGUGAUGCUUCAGGACUGGUGCAGGUGGAUGGGUGCGAACGCAGAGCGCUCCCUGCUCAUCCUGGGUAUCCCUGAUGACUGCAAGGAACAUGAGUUCCAGGAGGCCGUGCGGGCUGCCCUGUCGCCCCUGGGCAGGUACCGAGUACUCACUAAGCACUUCAGAAAGGAGCUCGGGGCCAAAGCAGCCUUGGUGGAGUUCGCUGAGUAUUUAAACCGAAGCUUGAUUCCCCAUCAAAUACCAGGCAAUGGGGGGCCCUGGAAAGUGAUCUUCCUGCCCCAAGUACCUGAUGUUGAGUUUCAGGAUAUGCCCAGUUUUCCUGCACAGCCCCAGGGUCAAGCAGUAGCAAAAGCUGCAGGUGAGGCAGGAGGCGCGGGUGAGGCAGGAGGUGCAGGUGAGGGAGGAGCAGCAGGUGAGGCAGGAGCAGCAGGUGAGGCAGGAGGUGCAGGUGAGGCAGGAGUUGAAGAUGAGUUGAGAAUUGCAGAAGAGGCAAGAGAGUCAGAUGAGGGAGCCGCAGGUGAUACAGGACCUGCAGGUGAGGCAGGAGCUGUGGGUGAGGCAGGAGGGACAAAUGUAACAAGAGCCUGGGUCCAGCAUUGGCGCUGCGCCCUACAGGCUGUGCUGGAAAACAGGGCCUACCGGAAACUGAGACCCUUUUCCGGGAGGGAGCAGCCAGGCUGUGAGGAAGAGUCCUUUGAGAGCUGGGUGGAGCAUGCCAAGGAUAUGCUGCAGCUGUGGCACCAUGCGUCAGAAAGGGAGAAGAAGAGGCGGCUGCUGGAGAGCUUGGGUGGCCCAGCCCUGGACGUCGUGAGCGGCCUCCUGGAGGAAGAUCCCAACUUGUCCGCGCUGGACUGCCUGGCGGCGCUGGGGCAGGUAUUUAGGAACCGGGACACUCGAAUGACUUCGAGGCUGAAGUUCCUGACCUGCACCCAGGGGCCCCAGGAAGGGCUGUUUGCCUUCGUGGUGCGCCUGGAAGGCCUGCUGCAGAGGGCUGUGGAGAAGGGGGCCGUCUGCCCAGCCUUGGCCAACUACCUGCGACUACGGCAGGUGCUGUCUCAGGCCCGCCCCAGCGAGGCACUCCAGGAUACCCUGAGAGGGAUGCAGCUGGCGAGGAGGCCACCUGGCUUCCUGGGGCUGCUGCGGCUCAUCCGGGACAUGGAGGAGUGGGCAGCCUCCCCAGUGAGGAGCCAGCAGGGUGUGGCCUGGGCAGCGGCCCCAGUGGAGAGUGAAGACCCAGCUGCUGCCCAGGCCACCCCAGCCCAGGGGGAUGCCAGCGAAGCUGGUCCCGGAGCAGAAGAUGCUGCCGAGGCCGCUUCUGCCACCAAAGAGGCUGCAAAGGGAGCCCAUGCCGCUGGGGAAGGUGAAAGUGCCCCUGCAGGCCCCGAAGGCCUAGGUCAGGCAAGGCCCAUAGAGGUCCCCUGGGGCUCCUCCUCAGCCCGGAAGAGCAGUGCUGUCAGGGUGUUCCCGGGAGGUCUUAGCUGGGGUCCAGUGGGCCUCAUCCAGGUGAGAGGCCAGCAAGCCAGGAAACCCCCACUGGAGAGGCUCCAGACCAUCUUGGAGGAGCCCGAAAACGAGGAUGAGGACGGGGCCGUGGACGCGGGCCAGCCCAAGUCCUCCCAGGGCAAAUAGGCUCCUAGAGCCCCAGGGCCUCCUCUCCUCUUGGGCAGCAGCGCCUUGGAGGCAGACGGAGGCUAGGCCAGGGCCAGUCCCUCACCCCACAUCAGGAGUAAGGGCCCCCACCUCCCCCAAGGGGCUCUGGCCACCACCCCCAUUCCUUCCCUGUAACCCAGAUGACCACGUUUGAUACAAAAUGGGGUGGGGAGAGGCGUCUCUCCCUCCCUUGCACCCAGCACACCCAGCCCCAGCCCCAAACCCUGCCGCCACGGGGAGCUGGCCUGGACGGAGCCCUGAGUCACUAGCUGUGGCCUGGGUGGGGGCACCUGAAGAUGUCUGCCCCCCAACCCAGGCCCUGAGUUGGGAGAGACAGGGGGAAAGAGGCCCUCUCAAGGUUGCCAGCUGCCUGGGGUCUCUCAAGAGGGGUCAGCCCACUUGCCAUCUCCAGGGCAGGCUGCCCCCUGUUCCGGGAAGCUCACCAUCACCUGUGUGACCCACGCGCCCAGCAGUCGCCCACCCACUGCUAGCCAUCAUUCCUGCGAAAAGUCAUGUACUGUGUGCCCAUGCAGGUGGCCGCCUCUGGGCCCGGGGCAUGUGCUGUGAGCUUCCUGCGAGCCCAGGCUCUGCUCGCUGCUGUCCUGCGUCACGAGCACCACCUCUGCUUUCCUGGCGUAGAUCUAGGCCAGGGGCUGCUUGUUCUCGUGGAGCUGCAUGUUCUUCUCUGAGCAGCUCCUCCCCGGAGGCCCCCAGCGCAGACCCAGGAGAUGGUGGGAACGAGGCGCCAGGGCAAGGUGGACGCUCACCCCGUGACCACGAUGGUGACCGUGACUGCGGGAAGAAGAACCGGACCCGGGGCAGAGUGGGGCUGCGUGAGGCUCCACAGGGACUAUGCUUUGGCGUUUCACCCCUGUUGUUACCUGUGACUCAGUUUCCUCAGCCUGGUGGGGUGUUCCCUGGUGUUUCCCAGUGUUCUGUGACUGUCCUGUGAGGGCCGUAAGGAUGGGCUCAGGAGGGGGCUCCCUGAAGCCAGUGGACACUGCUGGAGUCCACUGUCCUGGCAAAAGGCAGACCCUGGAGCCCUCGGGAAGGAGGGAGGUGACAGCAGGGGCAGCAGCGGGAGGGGGAGCAGAUGAGGCGCCUUGCCAGGAACCCCAGGAGG